AAGAGCAUUCCGUAUAUUUCACUUCGGCCGAUUGCUUGCGAACCGCAACAAGAUAUAUGGCCGAAUAUGGAACAAUAACUUAGACAAAUAUGUUUUUGUUCAAGACGACUCUAAGUAGUCAUUUGGCUUUUAUGUUUUCGUUCUAUCAAAAUCAAACUACUUACCAUUCGGCAACGCCAUUUCCCAGGGAAAAAAACUGGACGGAGAACCUAAUAAUCACAUGCCGUUACUGUAUGUACAUAUAUAAAACGGCAGAGACGUCUUAACACAAAAAGAAAAAAGAAGAACACUUCAUUGUCAGUAAUUUUAUGGACUGCUCGUCGUCAUCAUCAUCAUGGAGCAAUCUCCCUGCUACUUAUUCCCGGCGGCGAGCUGUCACGGCCGUGCUGGUAGCCGCUGGCUAUCUAACGAUGAUCAGCCGGAACGUCGCCGUCGCGAAACCGCCUGCCCUCCACUACUGCUCCAGUCAUGCUUCGGAAGAUCCGGCGAAGUACUAUUCCAACGCGGAGAAGGUGAUGAGCAAUUUGGUGAAGAGAGCGCCUUAUUCGUGGACACACAUGUUCAAGGCCUGGUAUCCAGACAAUGAAGUAGGUUCGGUUGUGGGCGCCGCCACUUGUUACAACAACAACGCCCGCAAAUGCAGGGCCUGUCUGGAGGCUCUCAAGGACACGCUGGACGGCUGCAAGGAGUCCAUAACCGGCGGAUGCUUUAGCGCUGGCUGCAAUAUGCAUUUCUGGAUGAUCGUUGAUUGAAUUUGGCGCUUUGGGGGAAUGGCUAGCGCCUAGCUGGUCGAUCAGCUCGAAAAAUUUAAGGGAGGAAGAGAUGUAGCUAGGCUUGAGUAAAUGUGUGUGUUAGUAAUUAAGCCGGAUGUGUUGGUUUAGUUGUGUUUUUUUAGAUAAGAAUGAUAUAGUUUAUUUUUUUAAGAGAUUUGAACAUGAAACCUUCGGGUUCAAAAAGCUAGUAGUAUAACCAAAACAAUCAAGAACAGAAAGCUUAAAAGAUUUUUUUUUAAAAAAAAACAAAGGGCCACUAGGGCAGUGCAUGAUCUUCCCUCAAAGAUUUUGCUAUUUUUUUCUUUCCAUAUGCUUACAGGCAAUGCAGUCAAAAGCGCGAUUCUACCUAGAAGCGGAAAAAGGGUAAAAUGGUAAAGCGUAGAAUUAAAGCAUAAAAGCGUAAGUUUUUU